AUGACGACCAGACAGUCUCAGGUCGCUCUGAUCUGCCUGAAAAAAGAGUUUCUAAGCGGAGCUCCCGAGGAGCGGCCCAUUAAGCUGCUGAUCAAUGGCCAGUACGCAAAGCUGACCGGCACUGAACUGCGCCAGAUCUUUCAUGAUCAUAGUAUUCUUGAGCUGUGCGAGGUCGAACACUUGGGGCAAGAGCAGCUGCGAAGCGUCGUUGACCAGAUUGCAGAUAAAAUCAUCAGCGUCUCUGAAGAGCUGUCUUAUUUCUCGGCCAUCUUGCUGCUCCAGAUCUUCGUCCAGACCAACUUCACAGGUCCUAGACUGCCUCGAGUAGACGAGUUGGGCUUUCUCGUAAGGCUGACCUCCUCCACCCCAGCAGUUCUGUCUCUUCUUUCUCUGUCAGGACAGCGGCCCAGCAAACUUGUGGACUGGCCCUUGCUUCUUAUUUUGUCGCUGCGUCUCUUUGAGAAGCUGCAACGCUGUCCGAUCAGUCUUGUUGGAGAAAACCAGUCCCUUGAGCCUGAGGCUGCCAUCAGCCAAUCAAACAUCCCAGAAUUUACCGAGGACAAUUACGUCCAAGCCGCUCUGUGCUGGUGGCGGGCAAGAGCACUCCAGGUCCAGCAGUCGCUGUUUCACGACGCAAAUCCAGUGCUGUCUACACUUACGUUCUCGCUGCUCUGUCCGUCUCUGGUGGCAGCCCUAAUGGACAACACAGAUGUCAACACUGCCCCAAACCAGUACACACUGGUUUUGUACCACCUGGAGCGAGCCAGAGCUGCGCUGGGCGCCGGCUCAGAGACCCAGGCCUCAGAAAGCCUGGCCAGGGCGAAAUCUGCUUCAGGGCUGCAGUUUGUGCUCACAGGCUGCAAGGCCAAGCGGACCAGGUUCCAGGAGAAGGCUUUUGCCGCACUGGCUGUUCUGGCCCGCUCGCAGGACACGCUGUUGCGCGUUGGCUCGGAAAGCAGGCACAAUCCGCAGGAGGUGGCUCUGAACGACGACCUCUUUUUGGAGCGGUUGCGGUUCGAAAAUCUAGGAGACGAUCAGGCCUUGGAAGAGCUCGGCGACGGGAAGCGUGUCAAGAUUGACUUCCCGAACUACGAGUCUGCCGAGGACCAGGAAGCAAAGCUGCUCCCGAUCGCUGUCAAGGAAGACGACAUCCCUGCACCACUGCGGUCGCUGGACCCGAAUAGCCAGCCGGCGCUCGCCGAUCUCGACAGCGUGCAGCUUUUGCUGCGCCUGGAGACCAUCCGUGCGAACACGCCGGCCAAUAACGCGCUCGUGGGCGAGGAGCUGAGGGCGCUGGUGGAAAGAGUGCUGUUUUCUCCGCCGGGGAGCGUCAACUGGCUCGUUUUCAGCAACGCUCUGUGGCAGCGGUCUCUGCUCGAAACGUCCAGGCCAAAAACCGUGGAGAGAGGAGUUUUGCAGCUUUAUUCGCUUGUCGAGGAGCUCGGCGUGCACGCGGAGCAGACCGCCCGGCUGUUCCCGAAAAGUAAAGAGGAGGAGCAGUUUCCGCAAAUGUUCGCAGCCUCGGAUCUCCGAGACGACACUACCCUAAUAAAUGCCGUGAGAUCGCAGUACGUCUACGCUUUGCCGCUAAGCCCCAAAUGGUCGCUGGACUCCCGACUGGCGGAGAAGCUCCUCGAGCUCGGGUCCGUCAAGUCUGCGCUCGAGAUCUACGAAAGACUGCAGCUGUGGACGGACGCCGCCCUGUGCUACGGCUCGAUGGGAAACGAGAGCAAGGCCGAGGAGCUGGUCCUGCGGCAGCUCGCCGAGUCGCCCGACGACGCGCGCGCGGUGUGCGUGCUCGGCGACGUGCGCCAGGACCCGGCGCUGUGGGAGAAGGCGUGGCAGCUCGGCCGCUACGCCAACGCAAAACGCUCGCUCGCCAAGUACUGCUACCGGCGCCCGGACGGGUCACGUGACUGCCGCGCGGCGAUCGGCCACCAGUACGACUGCGUGCGUGCGAACCCGCUCAACUUCGAGAACUGGUACUUCUACGGGUGUCUGGGGCUGGAGACGGAGGACUACGAGCUGGCCGCGGAGGCGUUCACGCGGUGCGUUGCGCUGGACGACAGCAGCCAGUACGCGUGGUCGAACCUGGCGUCGGCGCUGCUGCGGCUGGACAAGCUGAAGGAGGCGUUCACGGCGUUGCAGCGGGCCGUCAGCUCAGGCGACACGGAGAAGGCCUCGUGGAAGAUCUGGGAGAACUACCUGAUUGUGGCGGUGAAGCUGGGCCGCUGGGACGAGGUGCUUCUUGCGUCGCGCACUCUGCUGGACACGCGGAAGCUCGACGGAGACGGGUCGCUGGAUAUCCCGAUUUUGGAGAAACUGGCCGGGCUGCUUGUUGCCGAGCCGUACGACGCGGAUGCGCGGCAGACGCAUUUCCAGCGAACGUGUGUCAAGUUUCUGUGCCAGGAGGUGCCGGCCGUGGUGAACUACAGUGCACGCGUGUGGCGCAUUGUGGCUAAGGUCGACUUGUGGCGCAAGAAGCCAUGGCUGGCUCUCGAAGACUACGAGAAGGCGUACCGCGCGGCGAUCAGCCGGCCGGAGCUCGAGGCGGACCAGGACGCCUGGCGCGAGGCGGUGGCGGCGUGCGAGGACCUGGUGUCUGCGUACGAGAAUUUCGGCGAGCUGCCGGGGAAACACGGUGCCGGAGACGUGGUGUGCAAGGAUUGGCGGUUCAAGGCGCGGUCGACGGUGCGGUCGCUGCUGUCGAAGGGCAAGGUGUGGGAGGACACGGCGGAAUAUGUGAGGUUGCAGGAGUUGAGAGAUGAGACGAAAAAUAAAUAG